CCCAUCUACAAUAUUUAUUCUAUAGAGCAGACCGCCAUUCCACCAACAGCAUAGUCCAAAUCGCCGAAUAUGAAGAUCACACGGCUCUACGUUUACCCCAUUAAAGCGCUGCGGCCCAUGUCGGUGCAGAGUGCUCAACUUCAGCAACGAGGUCUCGAAAAUGACCGGCGUUUCAUGCUAUGCAAGGUGCAAGAGGACGGCAGUCUGAAGAGUAUGCAGACGGUGUACUUUCCCGAGUGCACACUAUGCCAUCAAGAAAUUAUCGGUGACGAAAUCCUGGUCACGUAUCACAAGCCGGAGCCGCCGCUGAUAGCGCCGACACUGGAGCAGAGCACAACGUUGAGGGUUCCCCUGAAGCCGGCGGUGGAGGGUCUGGAACCAGUGGUAAUCAAACUGUACGGGAGUACGACCCGAGCUUACAGAAUGGGGCAGCCCCAUGACGGGUGGUUCACUUCGUGUCUGGGAUACGAGACGGCGUUGGUGUACAUUGGGGACGGGAAGCGCAAGGUGUUGUUUUCGCCUAGGUCUACGACUAAGACCACGGGACAGAACAGGGAAAUGAAUAAGGGAUGGCUAUCAUCGAUGGCAUCAUACGUCACGGGGUCUCAAGGAGAACAAGAGCCAGCAGAUGACUGGCUUCACUUCAAUGAGUGCGCGCCUUUCCUCAUCACGACCGAAGCCUCACUCGACGACGUCAGCUCGCGGCUGCCCGAGGGCGAAUCGAUGGACAUGAUGCGAUUUCGGCCAAACGUCGUGGUGGACGGCAUAGACAAGUGGGACGAGGACUGGUGGUCGGAGCUGCACAUCGGGGACAACAAGCGCAAGCUCCAAGUAACAGAAAACUGUGGACGGUGUAUGUCCAUCAACAUCGACUACGACAAGGGCCGAACGGCGGACGGUGAGGCGGGCAAUGUCUUGAAGAAACUCAUGGCCGACCGCAGGGUCGACGCGGGAAACAAGUGGUCGCCGGUCUUUGGCCGGUAUGCGUUCCUGGUGGCAGGCGAUGCUGAAGAUGGCAAUGCUACUACUACAACUCUUGUUGCUAACGUUGCCGUGGGGGACGAGGUAACCGUGACAAGGCGGAGCGACGAGAGGUCCGUUUGGAGCUGGCCUAAGCAAUCCUAAGCUAGUCGUAGGGCAGGAAAGUCAGAAGUCAGAUGUCAAGUCAUGUGAAUAGAGUGGAGCCAGCGAAGCCG